CCGGAUACAAAAGCAGACUAUAAAAGGAUUCGUAGCAGAAAGAAAUUGAGAAAUGCAGUUGUAGUUUAUUGGAAAGAAGAGGAGGAACAGUACCGGAUAUCGAACAAAGAUGGCCACUCUAGCUGUUACUCUAGCUGUCGCCGUAGUUGUGAUUUAUAUGUUUACUGCGGUACACCCAAGCCGGAAGUUGGGUUCGAGCGGACGGCGGCGGUGCAGGACUACUUCUGACUGCGCGUCGGACGAGUGUUGCGUAGCGUUCAGCAGACCCAAAGGCAGACGCCGCCGCGCGUCCGGUCUCUGGAACUCCGGCACGUGCACUAGGCGCGGCCGCCGCGGUGCAAAAUGUCUUGUCAACGAGUACGCUUCCCCGCCCAAUGGUCAAGAAUACGUCUGUCCGUGCGCUGACCACCUGACGUGUAAACCUGAUGGAGGCCGAGAUAUUCCCAUCGGCGAUACUGGGAUCUGCACGCGCAAGCAAACCGGAAAUAGCUGUGAGAGUGAUCUUGACUGCAGACCGCAGGAGUGCUGUCGUCCACGCGUCCGUCCGAUCGGCAGACGGCGACGAUCGAGUCAGUCAAGCGGAACGUGUCAACCGUUGGCAAACAUUGGCGGAACGUGCUAUGUAGAUCAUCCCAAAAUGUGUCCACGAUGUAGACAACAUCCGUUCAUACAGUGUGUGUCGACUGGUGUCAGGGACAUUCCACUGGGGCUAAUAGGAAAGUGUUUCUUCAACAUGCCCUGGCGGAACUGAACUAGCUGCACUAGCAAAUAUGUGUAGUCACGUGACGGCUUUGUGUAGCGGUCUUGUACAGAGAUUGAACUUUGUUGUUUGGAGUGUAAUGAAGAGUUUGUGUGUACUGUUUUCAUUGUUGUGUCGUUAUACUUUCACAGAUUGUGGGCGGGGUGGGAGGAAAUGUAGGUUAUACUUUCACAGAUUGUGGGCGGGGUGGGAGGAAAUGUAGGUUAUACUUUCACAGAUUGUCGGCGGGGGUGAGAGGGAAUGUAGGUUAUACUUUCACAGAUUGUGGGCGGGGGUUAGAGGGAAUGUAGGUUAUACUUUCACAGAUUGUGGGCGGGGGUUAGAGGGAAUGUAGGUUAUACUUUCACAGAUUGUGGGCGGGGUGGGAGGAAAUGUAGGUUAUACUUUCACAGACUGUGGGCGGGGGUUACAGGGAAUGUAGGUUAUACUUUCACAGAUUGUGGGCGGGGGUUACAGGGAAUGUAGGUUAUACUUUCACAGAUUGUGGGCGGGGGUUAGAGGGAAUGUAGGUUAUACUUUCACAGAUUGUGGGCGGGGUGGGAGGAAAUGUAGGUUAUACUUUCACAGACUGUGGGCGGGGGUUAGAGGGAAUGUAGGUUAUACUUUCACAGAUUGUGGGCGGGGGUUACAGGGAAUGUAGGUUAUACUUUCACAGAUUGUGGGCGGGGGUUAGAGGGAAUGUAGGUUAUACUUUCACAGAUUGUGGACGGGGUGGGAGGAAAUGUAGGUUAUACUUUCACAGAUUGUGGGCGGGAGUUAGAGGGAAUGUAGGUUAUACUUUCACAGAUUGUGGGCGGGGGUGGUAGGAAAUGUAGGUUAUACUUUCACAGAUUGUGGGCGGGGUGGGAGGAAAUGUAGGUUAUACUUUCACAGAUUGUCGGCGGGGGUGAGAGGGAAUGUAGGUUAUACUUUCACAGAUUGUGGGCGGGGGUGGGAGGAAAUGUAGGUAUAUCUUUCUAAAUAUUGUUUUGUUAUAUAUUUUAUUUAUAUUUUGUUUUGUUUCUUUUAUUGUUAUUUAUUAUUUAGGCGUGGGGAGUAUUUUAAUGUACUUCAUGUUUGAUGGUGGUGCAGUAUAUUUUAAAAUAUAUUUCAAAUGAAAAACUUUAUGUUGCAACAGAAAUAAUUUCCGUUGAAUGUGCCACAUAUUUUCUUGGUAGGCUACAGCGGAGACUAUCUAUUCUAUAUCUGUGUAGUUUUAAAGAAAAAUAACAAGUUACGAAUUCCAAUGAAUUUAUAAUAAAAACACAAAGUGUUC